CGGGUGCUUGACCAACGCUGAACUAGGUGAUCAAUUUAUGCUUUCGUAGGUUUGAUUAGCUUUGAGCGAUGGCCCUCGACGGCGGAAGUGAAGCCGUCGGGCACGUCGUGCGCUGCCUCCAGACUUGUGUAUACUCAAUUGACGGGAGCGCACGAAAAUCAGCUGAGCAACAGCUUGAAUCGGGUGUGCACCAUCCGGGCUUCGCGUCGACGCUUGCGACCCUCGCCACCGAUGGUACCCUCACGAACAACGACUUGGGCGUGCGGCAGCUGGCAGCUGUGCUCUUGAAGCAGAUAAUUACGAAACAUUGGUCGUCGGAGGCGCAGAAAUUCCAGGCUCCGGAGCUGUCGCGCGAGGAAAGGGCUCACAUCCAGGCCAUUCUUCCGGCCGGCCUGGCGGAUGCAAGCUCCAAAGUCCGAACAGCUGUUUCUAUGUGCAUCGCGGCGAUAUCUAAGACCGAUCCUGACGGUUGGCCCGGGCUUAUCGAGAACCUGGUCGGUGCCAUCCACACGCAGCGGAGCACCAACACAACUCUCGUUCAGGGCGCCAUCCGAUGCUUGUCACUCCUGAGCGACGAUAUCGACGAGCAGCAGCUCCCUCAGGUGGCCCAGGUGCUGCUGCCGGAGCUCCUGCAGGUGGCCAGCGCCCAGCCGGCAGCAGCAGCAGCAGCAGGAACACCCGGCGGCGGCAGCGGCAGCAGCGCUGUCACCGCUACCGCUACUGCCUCUGCAGAGUUGCGGUCCGCGGCGCUGUCCAUCUUCCAUGACGUGCUGCGCUGCCUGGGAGUCAUGUCGGGGGUGUACCAGCGGCAGGUUCGCGACCUGCUGGUGCCGCUGGUGGCCCCCUGGAUGCCGCUGCUGUGCGCGGAGGUGGCGGCGCAGCUCAGUGCGGAGGACUCCUCCGGCUGGUCCGUCCGCAUGUUGUGCCUCAAGUGCCUCACGCAGCUGAUGUCGUACUUCAGCCGGCCGCUGCAGCCGCACCUGCAGCCGGUGCUGGCGGCCUGCUGGCGCAUGUUCGCGGAGUCGCUGAGCUGCUACACGCUGCACCUGGUGUAUUCCCCCAGUGAGGGC